UUAAUAAAAAGUAAUGUACAUUGUUUUUACAAUAGUUCAUUGAUGCUUUGUAGCCAGCAUCGCCAAGUUGAACUUUUCUGUCGACAGGCCAAAUUGACAAUUGUAAAUAAAAUAAAAAGAUUGGCAUCCGCCCAAUAUCCAAAACUCAUCAAUUUUAUUUUAUUUCCAACUUAUUCCCAAAUUAGCACUUACCAUACACAUUACUUAUCAACACCAUUUACUUUUAGCAAUUAUACAAUGCCAAACGUCCCAGAAUUAAGCCCUACGCUUGUCUCAGCAAAAAAGUCGCACCGGAAGAGCAGCCGCUUAGCAGCCAAAGUGCGGUCGAUAGCCGCAAACGCCGCCGCCUCAAAGGUUGACAACCCGGUUGCUUCGAAAAUUGAGGUCGAAGAUGUCGCUAGUCUCUAUAAAAAAAUGGAACUCCUCCUCAACCAGUUUUCAAAUAUUAAUAUUUCCGACCAGACCAAGAAACCACUAAACGAAGAGACGGCCGAGGGAUCCGAGCCUUCAACUGUGGGUCGUCGCCUGUCGGUCGGCUCUAAUAAAUCACUUUUUGCAACCAGUUAUACCAUCGCCGAGUCAAAAGAAUCUGAAAUGUGCACUUCACUAUUUGCUCCUCCGAAUGUCGUGCCCACUCUUUCCGAGCUGCGCAAGGCGCUCAGGGCCAACUUUCUGGUAAAAAUACCUAUCCACCACUACAUAUAUUCUAUGCUGAAGCAGGAGGGUGUUUCCGAAGAGGUGCUGAGUGAAAACUUUUGCAUUGUAGAGGAGGUAGGGAAUAUUUGCCCAACGCUGACGCCGCGGGUGGAGGCAGCCCUAACAGUUGGAAAUGCUGGCAAGGGCACAGAGGCCAUGCAGCAGCAAGUGGUCGAUGUCUUCCUCAUGGGCAUCAUGGGCACGGCACAAGACCACUUGAAAAUGGACAUAAGGUUUGACCGCAAUGCUUCAGAGGAGUCACUGACUGUGUUGGAAAAACGCCCUGACUUUCUAAUGAUUAUCGAUGAUCAGCUGGUCUUCAAGGGAGAGGAGAAAAAGACGGGGAAUGUCAGAACUAUAGCACGCGAGUUGACAGAAAAAAUGAAGAAGGGUUCAGUUGGCAAGAAAGAUAGCGCAAUCAAGUACUUGCUGUGUUACGCGACCGCCGGGUCGCGCGUGCUGUUUGAAUGCAUUCACGACGACAAUACCAUGAUGGAGUGCUCGGACGUAAUCAACCUGGUAAGGAUACCAGACCGCGUAUCAAUGUUGCUCAUUCUGGUCAAUGUAAUAAGGAUUGCGCGCGCUCUACUGAACGCAAAAAAGUAGUUACACUUUUUACUUAUUUAUUUUAACAUUUUAUAUUAGUUUUUUAUUUCAAUUUAUAUUAUAUAUUAGAUUCUAUUUCAAUUAACAA